GUCACGUGUCUGUAUGGAGUCACGCUCCGCACCGUUUACGUUUCACACUGCUGCUAAUUUGCAUAUGACGUAGCGUCAUUCGCUUAUCCGGUUUGGAGAACAACGUACACGACUAGAACAAUUACUACUGUACUCAUAUUAUAGCAUAUGCCAUAUUCAACCGCCAUAUUGUUUACGUCGUGAAUACAGCACGAUUUGGCGUUAUUUGGAUUGUUUUCUGAGCCAUCGUUUCGUAGACGAUUAGGCAUACAAAUGUUGCAGCCGAAUGUUAAGUCGGAACCUUUAGAAGAAGACGUAAAUGAUAAUGACGGGCUUGUUGAUAUGUUUUCAACGGCAAGGCCUUGCAAGGCCGUGCAUGCAUCCAUUGCUUCGUUUCGUAGCGUAAGAACAGAAACGAUGCCUACACAAAAAGGAAAUGAUAAUGAGAGCAGUGACGACGAAAUGACACCAGCAAUUGAUUCAAAUCCGUCUUCAAGUCCAGUUGGUGGUGAGUGUUUGAUAGAAGAUGCUGACUGGAUUGAACUUAGUGAUAAUGAACUCUCUGAGAGUGACACUUACUCAGAAGCAGAAGAUUCGCCGCAUCUGUCUUGGACGGACAUGGUGAUAUCACCAAUGAUCCAGACACCAGUCCACGUGCAGUGUGCCAACGGAGAUCUUUCGGAAUUGAAAGAUGAACUGGAUUAUUUUCAUUGUUUCUUUCCUAAAUCUCUUUAUAAGCAGAUAAAGAACGAUACAAACAACUACGUGGAGUAUUACCAAGAGAAGAAACGAGAUGCUAAGCGAAGUUGGUGGAAAUGGCAGGAUGUCGGAUGGGUUCCUGUCGCCGGAAAGAAUGAGCUGAUGACACUCUUUGGUACCUGUCUAGGCAUGUCCAUCAUCAACCUGCCAAAUAUGAUGGACUACUGGUCCCACCAUCCCAUCUUAUCGCUUGACUGGAUGAAUCUGGCACCAACUUAUACACGCUUCUCUAAACUACAUACAUACUUGCGUUUAAGUAAUCCAUGGCGUGACCCGAGUUAUAUUAAUAACUCUGAGAGACGUGAUGAGGCUUGUCGUCAAAACCCGUUGUAUAAACUGUCUAAAUUCCUGGAGCCAUUGGCUGAUAGUUGUCGCUCAAUAUACACACCUGGAAGUGUGUUGAUUAUGAAACAUGCCAUGAUCGGACUAAAGGGAGAAGUGAACCCGACAACACCUUUUUAUUCUGCCAAGGGCUGGCGUGUAUUAUUGCUUGUGGAUGCUGACACAGGCUACGUCAAAAAUUUGGAGAUUUAUAGACCAGAAAGCACAAAGUUCUACGACAACCAGCAGUAUAGUACAACUACAGAAGCAGCAGUUAUGAGAUUAGCCGAGCCAUUGUUCGGCAAAUAUCAUAAUGUCUAUGCUAGCGAGAUAUCUAUCAGUGCAAAUCUAGCAAGACGUCUUUACAGCAAAGGUGUAUACAUCAGCGCCGAUCGCUUCCCGAUCCCGGAGCAACUGAAAAGUGACAAUCUUGAUGUGUUGGCGUUGGGGGAAUCACAAUCCAUACAAUUUACUGAGGUAAUCACCACAGUUUGGGGAGGAGAGAAAGGGCUUGUGUACAACCUAUCCACCAUGAACUGCAUGCAGGAGGAAGCUGUAGAAUGCAAAGUUUACAAUGCGGAGACAAAUCGCUAUCAAGUCAAAGAGGUAACAUGUCCCACCAUCAUCCAGCGACACCAACAAUUCACCAGCAGCCGACCGGAGUGUCUUUUAUUACGUUCGUGCGGACAUAUUCAGCACAUGUGCAACACGUGGUGGAAGCACAUGUUCUGGCUUUUGCUGGACAUUUGUAUUAAUAAUGCACAUGUGUUGUACGAUUCAUUUCACUCAAGUAUAAACCGCUUUGAGUUUAUUAUGAAUAUUGUUAAACAGCUCACAGGUAUAGAAGAGGAUAAAAAGCGGCAAGAAAAAAAAGAAGUUGCAGAACUAUCGCAAGUUGGUACCGUACAAAAAAACAUUUUAACUGCCGUCAACCAGUUGUCACAGAACUCAACCAGUCAUAGUACUGUCAUCCCGUAUUCUGACUUUAGCAGAGCAGAGGAGGCCAACAACACUACUGUAAUGCCAGCAUUUCCAAACAAUAACCCAUUGCUGAAUGACACCAGUCACAUUCUGGUAAAAUUUCCUCGAAGAGGGCGCAAUUGCAAGCAUUGUUCGGCCACAAAUGUGCGCACGCAGUGUGGCAGGCGUCGUGAUACCUACUUCGGUUGUUUAUCAUGCCAGGUUCAUCUCCAUAAAGGAGAAUGUUUUAUUAAUUAUCACACCGCAAAGAAUAUUAAUGUCACAAAGAACUACCGUCAAGAUAUUGUAUUUGAAGUGACUGAAUCUCCUCCAGUAAAACGAUCCAAGGCAGUCCCAGUAAGCUUUAUUGAUUCAUGCCCAUUUCCGCAAUUUCCAAAAUAACGAAACAUCUUAAGUGCGAGUAAAACAUGCAGAAACUAAUUGACCUGUGUACAGAAUUUGUUUUUUGGAGCUUUUAUACCUUCAUAUGUUAAGUUACAGUUGAAAUAAUUAUCUAAAAUAAAUUAUAACUAAAACCUUUAAAGAGCAGUAAUUAAUGUUAUGUUGAUGGUAAAUAUCAGAUGACGUAACUUAAUGAUACUGUACACAUGAUAUAGGGUUUGUACACAUUUUGAAGUGUCAUAGAAAGUUAUAGAAACUCAUUUUUGUGUUCCUUACCUUAAAAGUCAUGGAAAAAUCAUAAAAUAUGUUUGCCCAUGUGGUUUCGUUAUUUUGUUCAUUAACAUUUUUGCAAUAUAGAUUUAAGUGUAUGGAAAUUUUUGUGACUUAAAGGUGUAUGAACCCCGAUUUAUAAUUGUGAAAACUGUUAUGAGAAUGUUGUUACAAAUGUAAAAACUAAUUCUAGUUAAUGAAGAAUGCCAACAUAAUCUAUGCACUAAUAAAUCACAAUGUACCAAACCAUGGA